CCGCACGCUGACUGCAGUGCACGAUGCCAUUCUUGAAGACUUGGUGUUCCCCAGUGAAAUUGUGGGCAAGAGAAUCCGUGUAAAACUGGACGGCAGCCGGCUCAUAAAGGUCCAUUUAGACAAAGCGCAGCAGAACAACGUUGAACACAAGGUUGAAACAUUUUCUGGUGUAUACAAGAAGCUGACCGGCAAAGAUGUUGUGUUUGAGUUUCCAGAAUUUCAGCUGUAAAGUGCAAAAACUAUAUGUGGAUUAAUAAAAGUUAAUUCUUCAUAU